AUGGAGGGAGGUAGGGGACGCAGUGGUGACCGGGGAAGGGCUAAAGUGGAUAGAGACGAGAGGAGGUACGGCAGGAACAAAGACAGUCGCUUGGUGGAGAGGGGCCGGACCGGGGGGCGAGGGUCACUCCCACCCCCUGAGCCGGCCUAUCCUCCUUCGAGCUGGAAGAGACCCGCAGUUCCGCCGCCCAGGAGACCGAGCCACUCCUACCCCAGAGUCCCAGAACAGGUGGGGCGUAGCUUUAGUUACAGCCCAUCCAUGGGACAUAGGGUGAGCAGGUCCCGCAGCGCAGGUCAGAGGAGGUUGGCGCCGGGGCUUGACGUGAAAGCCAGACCUGAGAAAAGACCGCGAUCCCUCUCCUUGGGGCUUACAACAGGGAUAACUGCAGCGGGAGCCUGGGCGGCGAGGUUCGAGAUAGCUUCUAUGUUGGAGGCCAAGUGCAAUCCCAACGAGUUAGUGGAAGCAAUCCGUGCGGGACACGAAGGCCCUCAUGUGCUCAGCAUGACGCAACACGAAGAACGUAGCACAGUGGGCAGCGCAUCAGCAGGAUCUCUACAAGAAACUGAGUCCAGGAAGGAUUACCGGGAUGACAUUCCUGAGGAUCUUUUUUCGGACCAAGAAGGCUGGGACAAGGAAUUGGGCAAGCAGAGGGCCAUCUUGGAGUCACUGGGAGCUGGAAAGGAGGCUUUGCCGCCCUGGGUUUCAGGAGGGGCUGAAGCUGGCGAGUUGGUUCCACCCGGGUCCAACUCCGCUAGCGCUUCAGCGCUGCCUUCGUCGGGAAGACCCGAGAGUGUUCCUUUCAUCAAGAAGGCGACGCCGCCCCCAGGGAAGAAACGACCGGAAAUGAGCAGAUAUCACAAGGAGUGUCACAACGUCUACGACAUGAUGAAAAAAUUGAAAGUGCCCAUGGACAUCGACGCUGGUGGACCACGGUCAGCCAACAGAGGAGAUCUAGAUUCCUUGGAGUCCCUGGACGCCCGUCUAGGAGUCCUGGAGUUUGUAGAACACCUCAUGCAUCAACAAGUUGGAUACCUGACACCGAGGAGCUUCCUUUAUGCAGUGGACUAUUUCGCUUCAGCCUUUGGGUACGAAAUGAGAGGGGGAGCUUGGAACAGAGCCAAGCGCCUCGCCCUCUCCUUUGCCAAGUCCAAAACUUCGGCGACCAGCCGCGCGCCAGGCUUCCAGAAGGCCACAUUGGUGGCCUUGGAAAGGUGCGUGAUGGAUGGCUUUCUGCCCAAGACGGAGCGCGUUGCCUGCGGGAAGCUCCGCUUGUGCAUCCAGUCAUCAACCCGUUACGAUGAUAUCUUGAACACGCCGCUUGCAGCCUGUGAGUGGCUGAGAAAGCCUGGCGAGAAGGAAGUCAUUGGCCUGCGCUCUCGUGCACUGCGGGGAAAGACCGGUCCACGCUUGUGGGUUGCUUCCCUGAGAGGUGCUUGCGCGGAGAAUGACAAUUGGCUGCCCACGCUGAUGUCCUUGGUAUUGGAAAGUCACGGGGCCACUUGGCAUUCAGACGAUCACUUCGGCAAAUUGCCGUCUGGCAGUGAGUUCCUCAAGACGCCUUCCAGGCUCGAAAAAGACGUGGAGCUUGUGAAGAGUGCAUUGGGGAAACUCUUGUCAGAGGAGGUCAACGUGGGGCUCACCGCAGAGGGAGUAGAGGUGCUGCGCUGGCAUGGAGCGAAAGCUUCGUUGUCCAGUUUGAUGCAGCAUUUGAAUCUUCCGAAGCGAGUCGUCCGAUGGCAGGGCAAUUGGUCCUCACAGACAGAGACCAUGCCGGACACCUACCUGAGGGAGUCUCAGGUGUUGAUCCUGAGCUGCCAGGAGAAGUGUCUGGAGUACCUCCGUCAGGGGGGGGACCUUAUCCGUCUGGUAGGAGAACCGAUCAACCCCGAGAAUUCUCGGGAGGGUCGUGCAGGAGAGGAAUCCCGGCGCGAAAGAGCCAUGGCAGCUGAGUUCGGCGUCGGCGCUGAUGUGGCAUCCCUUGAUGAGGCAUUCGAGGACGGAAAGAUUGACCAGAAGACCCUGGACCUAGAGAAGACUGCUGCAACCGCCCACAGAGACCUGAACGACGUCCUGGAGGCUGAACAGGAGGCAGCAGACACUGAACCUGGUGCAUCCGGAUCCGAAGGCGAAAAGCAGAAAGCAGAGGAGGAGAAGGCGAAGCAGUCCCUGGCCGAUCCUCAGGAGGCACUGGACGAGGUCGAUUCCGAGGGCCUCACGCCCUAUAGGGUGCAGGCCAAAACUCCAGGCGCGCGCCCAAAAGUCCACCUCCCGUCAGUGGCCAGCCUGGAGGAGAAGCCCAUCACCAAAGCCAUCCCUCGCUGUGGUGCGUCAGGCAGCUUUGAACUGAUGAAGGUGGAGGCGAGAAUACCAGCAGCCUUCCAGAGGUCAGCUGCCCAGUUCGGAGUAGCGGAGUCUGACUUCUUGGUCUUGACGUCACUUGGCAUCCACUCCUACGAGUCCUUCGCCCUCCGCAUUCACGCGAAGGAGAACCUGGAAGAGUUCCUGAGGGACACCAUAUGUCCGCAGGCUGGGUAUAAUGACCCGGAGGACGGGCUGAUCACGUUCAACAGGACGCCCCAUGUGGAGUGGCAGACGUUCAAGAUGUCAGACGACGCAGCCUCCCUGCGGAAGCUUUGGUACCUUUCCAAAGAACUCUGCAAGUCGGAGCUGGAGAAGCUGGCCUCUGGUGAGGACUCUUCAAGAGUCAAAGUAGGCUUGCCUUCCGCCGUAGCCAUGGAAACAUCAGCAGUGGAUCGAGGCAUGCCUGUACCGGUGUCUGACGCCGAGCGGCCGUCUCUUUUCGCGCUGACCCGCUUGGCCAGGAGCUUGGUGGGUCCGGGAGCAUCAUUUGAGUAUGUGGCCCUGGAGUCCUACCUUACCCUGGAAGAAGAGCGGAGAAUGGAGAGAGCUGGCAUCCUCCCGAAAUCAAGGGGAGAGGUCGUUCUCACCAAAGACAGCCGCCUUGCCAUGAGGGAAAAGGAUACACAGGAUCUUCCUGGUGAUCCAGCGAAUGACAUGGAGACGCUGCGCAAGAGGAUGGACAUCAGAGCGAGGUGCAUGGAAAUGCUCGAGGUGGGCAAGUUCUCUACCUACAGGAUGCUCCAUGACAGGUACAUCGGAGUGAUCCUGGCCGAGGUCCCAGAGGGCAUGAGGCCUCCGACAAUACAGGAGGUGCGGCGCUUUGACAGGGCGCUUCAUCAGGAAGUUCUCCGUUGGCUAGCACGGGAAGUGGGCACACUGGAUGGAGGCAUCAAACACCACCUCUUGAACAACCAGAUCGGACUUUGGCGGCUUUUGGAUCCGGUUGUACGAUCUUUGCCGGAUCAGGGCGUGGAGAAGAAGUACACUGGCCAGAAGAGGGGCAGAACUCCCAGCCCAGAUCGAGGGAGAGAACUCUCCCCUUUGCCGAGGAGGAGACCGGAAAACCCUCCGCCCAACAAGAAGAAGAAGCUCACUCAGUGCUUGGUCUGCAAGAAGAGGCAUGAACCUCUUUGCAAGUUCCCGGAGGGCUUUCGCCGGAAGCAGAGGGACGAAAAGAGAGCUCGUGAACAAGCGCUCAAGCAGAAGGAGAAGGAGAACAGCGCAAAGAAGGCUAAGGAGUCUGGCGCAGUACCUGCGGAGCUGGCAGAGGUCGUUCAGUUCACUACGGGCGAUGAAAGGGAAUACCCAUCAGGUUUUUGUUCAGCCUACGCUGUGUGUGCGGAAAAGUUGCUUGGCUCAGAGGGAACCUUCUUAGAAGUGUUUUCCGGACCCAACGCGCCGCUCAGCAGGGCCAUUUGUGAACAGUUGGGCGAAGAGCUGAGAGGCUCCAGACUUCAGACCGAAAGAGGUUUGAAAGUGGAGCUGCAGCGCCUGGCUCAGAUCAUGGACAUUGGGGAUGUGAUUCCUUCCACACCAACGCCGGUCGCAACUCCGAGUGUCUGCUUGACGCCGGAGACAGCGACCAAUCGGUUAGCUAUGCUGGAGGCCGGAAGGCAACCCAGCUAUGGGAAGAGGGAGCAGCUAAUACCAGAUGGCCUCGAAUCCGAGAGAGAGCAUCUCGAGCGGGCCCUGCAGCUCAGCCAUCCCUUUGAGACUCAACAGGUCCUGAAGAGGGACCACGCUGAGGUACUAGAGCAGUACACGGCGAGCGACAAGGACAUGAACCUUCUCCGGCUGAGGGUCUUGGCUGACUGGUCGAGGCUGUCCAGCAGUGAGGAGGUCAAGGCCAAGCAGAGGGAGCAUGAAGCUCUGGCCUGCAGCAACGCCAUCAAGCUUGGGCGCAUGCCCAUAGUGGGGUCAGCGCUCGAGUCUCCGUUCUUUGACACCUAUGACGUCCCGGCCAGCAUGACGUUGACUGAGCUCCUGGCAACAGCACCGGUCGGGCGUCAGGCCACCAUUCGUAGAGUCGAGUUUAUGGCCGGCAAGGUGGGCAUGUUCUGCUUACAGCAGGCUUUCAAAUUGCUGGGCUUCGAGUUAGACGAAGACAAAUCGCAACCCCCGAGCGAGGUGACCCAUGUGUUAGGAGUUGCGUUUAACACGCAGGCUCUCAUAGAGGAGCGAAUCCUCAGGGUCGAACCUAAGCCCCUCAGGGUGAGGAACUUUGUAGCCACCGUGGACGCCAUCUUGCAUCGGAACCAUCUGCCUUCCAGCGUGGCCGCCAGCCUGCUGGGCAAAUUCGGGUUUCUUUGCAGUACCCUCUUCGGGAAACUGGGGAGAUUCUGCACAGGCGCUUUACGCGAGAGGCAGUAUGCCCAGGGAAAUCCCGAUGACAUCACCCCCAUCCUUCAAUUGUCCCUGCAAUUGAUGAAGCAUGUGGUGACCGUAGCCCCACAUCGCUGCUGCCACCUACAAAGCCGUGGCCCGCCGGCCAUUCUUUAUACAGACGCAUCGGAUGUCCCAGGUCGCGACCCAAG